AUGACCAAUGCUGUGGAGGUCGACCAACGUGUGACUGCUCUUGAGUGUCGGUCUGAGGUGCCGGCUGAGCCUGUUACUCUGAAUGCUCAGGGGUCGGAGACCGCUUCCAACUUUCCCCUGGGGAAACACGCAGAGGAGCGGUGGGGGAGUCGAAGUAAAGGCGGCCCGCGCGGAAGGCAGGGAGCCGGAGCUUUGGCUGCUUCAAGGACUGGGACAAGCACAGUGUCAGCGUUCUGUCCGGAGAUGUUGCUAUGUGGUCAAGAUCAGGCUCCGACGACAGCCUCAGGUCGUAAUAUGGAAACUACAGCAACAACGGAGGACCCAGUUGAGACAGUGCUUUCUACAUGUUCCCCGCAAUGGAGUAAAGUUGUGAAAAAUGGCAAGCCUCGUCACAAGCUGGAGAAGGUUAAUUCGGGUUCAGGAAUGCAUGCUGCUACCACUGGACAUAAUAAGAGGCCUGGACCUGUAUCGAUUAUCGGCACUGGUGCUGCUUUUGAUCGAGUGAACCACAGAAAACUUUUUGAUAAACUGAAGAGACGGGGAGUUCCUCAAUACAUCGUGAGAAUUCUCUCUUACUGGUACGCUCAUCAGAGCAUGCAGGUUAAAUGGGGAAGUAGUAUUUCUGCCCCCUUUGGUGUCAGCAAUGGCGUUAGACAAGAUGGAUGUAAAAGUUUCAGUUUUGGGAAAGAGUCCAGUAAACCUAAUCGCACCAUAAUGGUUCUCGGAGCAACCGGUGCUGGGAAGUCAACUCUCAUCAAUGGGAUGAUCAAUUACAUUUUAGGUGUUAAAUGGGAGGAUCCAUAUCGCUUUAAGUUAGUUGAUGAGGAUCAGUCAACAUCACAAUCUGAGAGUCAGACCUCUGAAGUCACUGUGUACAAAAUCAACCACCAGGAGGGAUUUGAAAUUGAGUUCUCUCUGACCAUUGUGGACACUCCAGGCUUUGGAGAUACAAGAGGCAUAGAAAGAGACAGGGAGAUCGUAGAGCAGCUACGCAAUCUCUUCUCUGCUCAGCAUGGUGUCACUGACAUUGAUGCUGUGUGUUUUGUAGCUCAGGCUUCGUUAGUACGACUCACAGCAACACAGAAAUAUGUGUUUGAUUCAGUGCUCUCAAUCUUUGGCAAAGAUGUGGCAGAGAACAUCAGGAUUCUGGUGACAUUUGCAGACGGUCAGCGACCUCCAGUUCUAGAGGCAAUCAAUGCUGCAGAAGUCCCAUGUCCUAAAACAAAAGACGGACUACCGGUUCACUUCAAAUUCAAUAAUUCAGCACUUUUUGCAAACAACAAAUCAGCUGAAGGAGACAGAAUGGGUGAUGAUGAUGAUGAUGAUGAUGAAGGUGGUUUUGAUAAGAUGUUUUGGGAGAUGGGGACAAAAAGCAUGAGAAAGUUUUUUACCACUCUGAAUAAAAUAGAAACCAAAAGCUUGACACUGACAAAAGAAGUCCUCAGAGAAAGAAAGCAGCUCGAGAAUUCAGUUGAGAAUCUGCAGGAGCAGGUGAAACUUGGGUUAGCCAAGCUUGAGGAGAUAAAAGAGACGAGUGAUAAACUUAAAGAAUACGAGGCAGAGAUCAGCAGAAAUGAGAACUUUGAAUUUGAAGUUACUGUCAAAAAGCCUUAUCAUGAGGACAUUUCUGGCUCUGGAAACUACAUCACCAACUGCCAGCAGUGUCAUGUCACCUGUCACUACCCCUGUGGCAUACCAAAUGAUGCAGAUAAACGUGGCUGUGUAGCAAUAGGACCAGAUGGAAACUGUAAAGUGUGCCCAGGAAAAUGUGUCUGGAGUUUACACUUUAAUCAGAAGUAUAAAUGGGGCUAUAAAGAUGUUAAAGAAAAAAGAACAAUAAAAGAGCUGAAAGAAAAGUAUCAGGAAGCCAAAGGAGAGAAGAUGACUGUUCAAAAAGUGAUUGAUAAACUGAAGGCAGAUUAUAGAAGUUCACAGGCUGAGGUGGUGAAACUAAUGGAGGAAUCUGCAGAGUGUCUGAACAGACUUAAAGAGAUAGCACUGAAGCCAAACCCUCUGUCCACUCCAGAGUACAUCGACAUGCUUAUUGAAGGAGAGAAAACUGAGGGCAAAGAAGGCUGGAAGCAACGGGUUCAGUCUCUGAUGGAGAUGAAAGGCAAAGCAGAGACAAUGGCUAAAGUAGCGAAAGGAGAGAAACUCUUACGUCAACAGCAGUCGGUUGAGGUUAAUCUUCAGCCAAACAGCACAUAG